AGCACACGUCUAACAAUUGCAAGGACAGAAGGUCAACAUGGUCGACUCAACCGCAGCGCCAGAGCCAAAGCGCGAAAUGAAGGUCCUCGCGCUGGGCCUCCCUCGCACAGGAUCCGCCUCCAUCGCCGACGCGCUGACCAUCUUGGGCUACGAGAAUGUGCACCACGGCAUUAGGGCCAUUGACUCAGUGGACGACUGGAAGGUCAUCAACCGUGCGGCAGAUGCAACAUUCCCGGUUCUGCCCACCUACAGUGGAAAGCCGUUUACUCGAGACGAAUGGGACGAGCUGUACGGCUCCUGUGAGGCAGGUACCGAUAUGGCUGCAUUAUUUGCGACGCAGCUUAUCCAGGUAUAUCCCGAAGCCAAGGUGCUCUUAGUCGUACGGGACUUUGACUCGUGGUAUAAAAGCUACAACAGCGUCUUUGAUGAGCUUUGGAGCUUCAGAGCCGACCUGGCCAUCGACUACGCCGAGCCAUUGAUCGGAUACGAGACGGGCGUCGCCUCCCGCAAAGCAAUCCUCGGUUUCUUCGACGCCAGGAAUGUAGAUGAGGCGCGGAAAAACGCGCGGAUGGUGUACGAUCGACACUACCGCCAACUGCAGGAAAUGGUACCACCAGAGAAGCUGCUGGUGUAUCGCAUGGGACAAGGAUGGGAGCCCAUAUGCGAGUUCCUCGACAAGCCGGUGCCAGACCUCGAGUUCCCUCGGGUCAAUGAGGCGGCGGCGCUCAAGGAGAAGAUGGCGAAAAAGAUCAAGUCGCAUAUAACGAAGGCGGUGAUGGUGUUGAUGCCCUGGGUGGUGGGCGUAGUUGCUCUCGGAGUGGGAUUGUGGACAGUGAUGAGGAGAAAUUAGUUGCUGGCAUGGAUAGUCUAUGGGGAUUGAAAGAUGAACGAGCAAGAUAUUUCACCAAAAGAUCGCGUAGUGGGAACGCGGUUUAAGGAGGUGAGUACAGGCGGUAUAUCAC